AUGGAUCCCAUGAAGGCUGCGGGUGCGGCGGGCUCCGAGCUGCAGCCCGGACUGGCGGCGGCGGCGGCGAUUCAGCCCAGGCGGCGGGGGAGGGAGGGAGGCAGCGCGGGCGGAGCGGCGAGGGAGGGAGAGAAGGAAGCAGGGAGGGGGAAGGGACGGGCGGAGGGGCGCGGGAGAGAGAGGAAGGGCGGGGGGGGGCGCACGCCCGCCUCCCCCCGCGCAUUCCAGCCGUUUUCUGGCUGGAGCCCGGUGGGGAAGUUGCCGGAAAGUUGCGGCUCGGCGGGAAGAAGCUCGGGCGGACGCGGCCCCGAUCCGGCUCCGGCUUCCAGCGGCAUCGCCACGCCAUGGAGCGGGCAAGGCAGCCGGUCCGGCGGCGGCGCCUCCUUCCGCAAGGCCGGGCGUGGGUCCUCUCCGAGGCGGCGCCGUUGGGUCUUGCGGCCGGGGAGUGGCGGGAAGGCCCGGCGAGGGGCCAGCUGCGGAGCGAAUGGAGGAGCAGAAGGAGCCCCCGCCUGCCUGGUCGGCCGCCGAGGCCAAGUGGUCGGAGUCCGGGCGGCGGCCGCGCCCAGGCCGAGGCUCUGCUGUUGGGAAGCGCUUGAGCAGCCCCCAAGAGCCCAGUCGGCGCCGUGGGCAGCGAGAAGGGUCAGGCGCGGAGUGGCCCGCGGUGCCUGGCUGGGCUGCCUGGAGGAGCAGCGGCGAUCUCGGCCGGCGCUGAAGAGCUGGCGGCUGCCUCGGCGACGUUUCCUCGUGAGAAGCUGUGCUCUCCUUGGGCAAAGCGGCUCCGGGCAGGCUGUUCGGCAAGCCAGUUGGCUCCCCAGCACAGAGGAGGACAAGCUCAAGAUGCCGCCUUCUGCAAGAGCCGGACGGAUGCGACCUUCGUGCCCCUCCGCGGGCAAGCCUGGAGUAGAGCUCAUCCAGCAGGAAGGGGGGGGGCGCGUCCUCCGGUACUGGUCCUUAUCCCAUGGGAGGACAAUUGCGAAAGGCAGCCCACAGAUGAACUCUGGAAUCUCCAUGGGGCAACAACGCUGUCUGGACAGCAACUGCUUUGGAAGUUUCCAGCCCCAGAAUUCUAAUGGCCCAGUCCUCCAGGAAUCCGGACCUCUCCGGCUAAAGUUCAAGAAGCUGCAGGUCAUCAGCACAUGGCUUCCAUCCCUGGACCUUUCUUUCCCCCAAAGAGAUUCUCUGGAGGCCUUUGGUCAUUUAAACCUUUUGACAGCCCAGCAGGAGCAGCCAGUUCUGCAGCCUCAUGAAGAGGACCGAGCAUUUGAUCUGAAAUUGUUUUUCAAUAGCUGUAUCUUCUUCUGUGUUAUUGCUUUACAUGGCAUAUGUUUGUACAAUAUUGAAAAUCAAUAAAAGUACAAAAAUG